CAGAAUAUAAUAUAUCGAUUCCGCAUAGACACAGAGAGAGACGUUCGAUCGAGUGAGCCGUCAUUUUCCUCUUUUGUCUGAAGGAGAGUUUUGGAAAUUUCAAUAGUAGUUGAAAAAGACGAAAAAGAAAGUACUGGAUUAGAUAGAGAAAUAGAGAAAUAGCAAAUGAGGAUACGAUACGAUACGAGCUCUGUUUUUGAACAUUUACGAUAAUGCAUGCCUCUUUGUAUAUUCACUCCAAAUCCAAUACCUCCUUCUUUGUGUUCUUUUGAGAGCCUUCGAGACCAGACCAGAGUUCACCCAAAACCAUUGCUCUAUCAGCUUUGUAUGUUUACAUUUGUGUACUUCCCUCUGCUUGUUGGAGAAGACUGUGGCUAAACCUAAGCAUCCUCAAGAAUGCUGAUGCUAUGAGGGUUCUUAGUCAUGGUAACUGACUGUAGUCACUAGCUGAAGCUAAUUUCAAGUUUCGGUAGCCUUGUUUAUAAUUUAAACUUAUUCAAUGCAUUAAGUUCAUUGUCUGCUAGCAAAGUUCUUAUUAUGGCAUAUAUGCAAAUGUGCUGUUUCUGUAUUGCUUUUAUAGAAUCCUUAUGAACUUCUGGCAUUGGCAUUUUCCCCCAUUGAAAUUGAGUUUAAUAAGGAGGGGAAACUCUGCAACUUUAUGAUGGAACAGUUAAAAAAUCAUGACCAUGAUCAGUACAAUUCCAUGGAACCUGGAAAUGAGGAUCUCGAACCUACAUCUCAGGGGUGCAUGUUUGACCAUGCUAGCUGCGUAAACUCCAAUAUGAGACAUCCCGAGAUCAAAUUUUCAGAAGCUAAACCUGUAGUACUUAAUUACUCAAUACAGACAGGUGAGGAGUUUUCUCUGGAAUUUAUGCGUGAUCGGGUGUGUCCUAAGAAGCCAUUUAUUCCUAACACCGCUGGUGAUCCCAACUACUCAACUGGUUACUCGGAACUGAAAGGCAUUUUAGGCAUCACUCAUACUGGGUCUGAAAGUGGGUCAGAUAUUUCAAUGCUUGCUGCAGUAGAAAAAGUUCCAAAAGAGUUUGAACGGAAGAACACUUCUUUAUAUGAUGACAAAAGUAACUAUGGAUCCAUGCAGUCGGUACCACGAACUUCAUGGGACUACAACAGUUAUCGAGGAACUGUGCAAGAAUAUGCCUCUUCUGGAGCAUCUGAAAACUCAUCAACAAAAAUUAAGAUUUUAUGCAGCUUUGGGGGUAGAAUCUUACCUCGGCCAAGUGAUGGAAAGCUCAGGUAUGUAGGAGGUGAAACCCGAAUUAUCAGUAUAAGAAAGGACAUCACUUGGCAGGAGUUGUGGCAGAAAGCAAUAGCAGUUUAUAAUCAAACUCGUACAAUUAAAUAUCAGCUUCCCGAGGAGGAUCUUGAUGCCUUAGUUUCUGUGUCUUGUGAUGAGGAUCUGCGGAAUAUGAUGGAGGAAUGCAAUGUACAACAAGAUGGAGAAGGUCCAAAAAGACUGAGAAUGUUUCUGUUCUCCUUGAGUGAUUUAGAAGAUGCUCAUUUUGAUCUGGGAAACAGUGAUGGUGAUUCUGAGAUUCAGUAUGUAGUUGCUGUCAAUGGCAUAGAUGUGGGAUCAAGCAAGAACUCUAUUCUGCAUGGUCUGGCGAGCUCUUCAGGAAAUAACUUAGAUGAACUAGAUGGAGAGAAUUUUGAGAGGGACACAGGUGGGGCUGCAACUGAUUUUGCUGAGGUUAACACUUCAACAUUCACCAGUUAUAUGGUCUCACCAUCAGUUACUCAAUCCUCUCAACCGAUUCUACCAAAUUUCUCCAGUACUUACGGAACAUAUUCACAGUUUUAUAAUGGCCAGAUGGUGCAUCAGGGAGAAGCUAAGCAGUACGCAUUGCCUUAUGGUUACGACUCUCAUCCUCCUAAUUACUCACCUUUUGGAGAAAUUUCUCAUCCACCGCCUCUUCAUGGGCUUACAACUCAGCAAAGAUGUUUGACUGAAGGGCAGCCAUUCAGUGCCUUAUGCAUACAGGAUCCACAAAUGCAAGCAAAGGAAUUGAAACUGGAAAGUGAUGGUUCAGUUCAGCAAGAGGGUGGAGAUGAAAAAAUUCAACCUUCAUCAAAGGACUACUGUGUUUCCUCACAGCCAUUUGAUUGUAAUGUUAAGGAUUAUUUUCCAGUUGAAGAAGCAUCUGCUGUCAUCUCCACACUGCAGGGAGAAAUGAACCCUUCGAAGAGUGAGGGAAGGCUGGAACCUGUACAGGUGUCUUCACUCCUUUGUUCCAUUAAUCCAUCACAUGUUCCUAACACUGAUGACAAUGUCUGCUACACAUCUACUGUUGCUUUCACUCCUGGAUAUGGUAACUCUGAGACCGAUCCAAUUGAUUUGAGCUACCUUGAGCCUCCUGUGCCUCCUCAAAGGAUUUUUUAUUCUGAGCGAAUUCCGCGAGAACAGGCAGAGUUGUUGAACAGGUUUUCAAAGUCAGAUGAUUCACUUGAUUCUCAUUUUCUUAUAAACCAUUCACCUGCUGGUGUAGCGCCACCGGAUUUUAUCACAGAAUCUGUCUCUCUACAGACUGAGCAGCCUAUCUCAACUGCAAAGCAAUUGUAUAAGGAUCCUCACACCACUGCAGAUGGGGCUGCCCAACUUCCAAACUUGAAGCAGGGAUUAUCAAAUCCUGUAGAUAAUAAAUAUGUUACCAAUGAUGAUAGCAUUCUGAAGGAUGAGAAUGAAGCCAACUGCACCAAAUAUGAGGAUAAGAACCUCCUGGUUGGUGAAAAAUCAGAAGUUGGAUCAGAAUUUCUGGCUGCAAGCGAAGUGGCUUCUGUAAAGCAUCGUGAGAAUCCUACAUAUGGUCUUCCAGAGCCUCAGUGGAGUGACAGGGCUGACAGCAAUUUCACUACUAAUAAUACUCAGGGGCAGGAUCAACCUUCUGCUUGGAUGGAGAGCUCUAGGGAACCAUCUGUCGGGGUUUCCAAACCAGAGCAGGGAGACAUCCUGAUUGAUAUUAAUGACCGAUUCCCUCGUGAUUUCCUUUCGGAUAUAUUCUCUAAGGCAAUAUUGUCUGAGGUUUCAUCCGGUUUUAGUCCGCUACAGAAAGACGGAGCUGGUUUGAGCUUCAACAUAGAAAAUCAGGAUCCUAAACACUGGUCAUUUUUCCAGAAAUUGGCAGGAGAUGAGUUUGCUCGAAAGGGUGUUUCUCUUAUUGACCAGGACCAUUUUGGUUUUUCAUCUGCACUUCCAAAAGUUGAAGAAGAAGCUCCUAUAAGUUAUAAAUUUACACCAUUAAUGGAUGAAAUUUCUCUAAGCUGUGUGGAUUCCCAGAUGAAUUAUGGUGAUGAUCAUCAGAAAGAAAUGCUUGGUAUGGUUGGAGCUGACACUGCAGGUUUGCAUUCAGAUUAUAAUCCUUCUCAGGUGGAGGGCAGUGAUGGCAUGCGGUCUGAUAUUUUUGUGGAAGACCAAAGAGCACCAGACUCAGAGUAUGAGGAUGGAACCAGGAAUAUUGGCCUACCUCCUCUGGAUCCGUCUUUAGGAGAUUUUGAUAUCAGUAGCUUGCAGAUCAUACAUAACGAAGAUCUUGAAGAACUGAGGGAACUUGGUUCUGGCACAUUUGGGACUGUCUAUCACGGAAAAUGGAGAGGAACAGAUGUUGCAAUUAAGAGAAUCAAGAAGAGCUGCUUCACUGGUCGAUUGUCAGAGCAAGAGAGAUUGACCAUAGAGUUCUGGACAGAAGCUGAAAUUCUGUCCAAGCUUCACCACCCAAACGUCGUGGCAUUUUAUGGUGUAGUGCAAGAUGGACCCGGGGGCACACUAGCUACUGUGACAGAGUAUAUGGUUGAUGGUUCUCUAAGGCAUGCUUUACUUCGCAAGGAGAGACAUCUCGAUCGUCGCAAGCGACUCAUUAUCGCCAUGGAUGCAGCUUUUGGAAUGGAGUAUUUACAUUCAAAGAAUAUUGUACAUUUUGAUCUGAAAUGUGACAACUUGCUGGUGAACUUGAAAGAUCCUUCACGACCUAUUUGCAAGGUAGGUGAUUUUGGCCUGUCAAAAAUUAAGCGAAACACUUUGGUUUCUGGUGGAGUUAGGGGAACCCUACCAUGGAUGGCUCCAGAGCUGCUGAAUGGCAGCAGCAACAAAGUUUCUGAAAAGGUUGAUGUGUUCUCCUUUGGUAUUGUCCUAUGGGAGAUUCUCACUGGUGAGGAGCCUUAUGCGAACAUGCACUAUGGUGCAAUUAUAGGAGGCAUUGUGAACAACACACUGAGGCCUUCCAUUCCAAGCUUCUGUGAUCCGGAAUGGAAAAGGCUAAUGGAGGAGUGCUGGGCCCCUAAUCCUGUGGUGAGGCCACCCUUCACAGAAAUUGCCAGUCGCUUACGGGUGAUGUCCCAGACCAAAGUGCAGGCUAAUAAGACAUCGAAGUAAUGGUUGGAUGAUUCCACUUUGCUGUUUUCUCCAUACAACAUGAUCUGUUUAUUCAUUCAAUUGUACACUCAAAAGAUAGUGUUUGGAUCCCAGAAAUGUUCUUGAGAUGCACUGGCCCGAGUGCAAUAAUUUUCAGAUGGCUUCUUUUUCCCAUGAAGAAACAAGGAAUUCUAUAUUCCAAAAAUUGUAUGUUACAACGAAACCAUCAAUAUUUAAAAGAGUUGUCUUUUAUUGUUUUGUUUUAGUUACAGUUGUUUUUGAAGAUAGCCUAGUAGUUUUUCAUAGAAAUUGUCUCCACAUAAAAGUUGGCAUUUUGCGACUAGUAGUUUGUUUGGCAAGAUUGAGUAUCUAACCAGAUUUGGUAGUUUUGAGAUUUUA